AUGGCGCAUUAUGCGAUUCAACAAGAUGUUCGUGAUAUUGCCUCCUCUUCAAGAACGUAUACAAGACGGGACGAUCGUGGUGAGUCUCACGACCGUCUUUUUCGAGAUUACUUUGCCGAAGAACCGAAAUUUAAUGAGACUCUUUUUAGACAACAGUUUCGUAUGAAUAGACGGUUGUUUGUGAAGAUAGCUUCAGAUUUGGAAAACAAUUUUAGUUUUUUUAAGAGGAAGAUCGACGCGCGUGGUAGAUGGGGGUUUUCGGCUUUACAGAGAUGCACAUCUGCAGUUCGCCAGUUAAGAUACGGUAGUAAUCCCGACAGUUUAGAUGAUUACCUAAAUAUGUCGGAAAGAUCGUCACGUGACACCCUUAAUGCUUUUUGUGAUGGAGUCAUUAAGUUAUAUCGGCAUGAAUACUUGCGUAGGCCAACGCGUACUGAUACGCAACGAAUUCUUGAUCAUCAUGCGUCUUAUCAUGAUUUCCCCGGCAUGUUAGGGAGUCUUGAUUGUACACACUGGGCUUGGGAUAAUUGUCGAGUAGCUUGGUGUGGCCAGUACACGCGGGGUGACCAUCACGGGCCGACGAUAUUGCUUGAAGCAGUUGCAUCAAAGGAUUGUUGGAUUUGGCACGUAUACUUUGGUGUUGCCGGUUCAAACAACGACAUUAAUGUGUUGAACCAAUCUCCUUUAUUCAAUCCUUUUGAAGACGGCACAGCACCGUUGGUUCCUUUCACUGUAAAUGGAACCGAAUAUCGGUAA